CCAGGGCACGAGUUGCACAACAAUUUCUUCAGCUUCAGGCACGACGUCCUCUCCAUUCCUCCUCUCUCCCUCCUCCUCCCUCUACUUGUAAAUAUUUAUCGCUCUCACAACGCCAAGGCCGAAAGAGGAACAAGAGGCAAACGCAAAAUAUAUUUCACUGCACACUCGCGCUCUUUGCAACGGUGUUCCAUGGGUGUGCUGUGAUGUCUGAGCACUAUGUUUGUGCUAACUUCCAUAAAGCAAAAAUAGAAGAACUAGUGUACAGAGAAUAUGGUCAAUACGCGAGUGGGAAGGACUAUACACAGAUCCUACAUUGGCCGACGGGUGGGAUGUUCGCAACCAGUCCUCGUCGCUUUGUUCCUCAUAUCUGGCUUUGUAUUCCUCUUCUUCCAGAUGGCAGGGAUGAUGCCCAAGAGGCCAGGACCUCCAUCCUUUGCUUGGGCUUCCAAUAUUUCAAGAAACAUCUCAGUUUAUGUGAGACCCAAUGAGACGACGGCGCUGAUGCAGCCUGAGAAUUUUUGUCGGGAGGAUCCCUUUUUGGUCUUUGUAGUACCCAGUGCCAUAAAUAACACCAAGCAGAGGGACACCAUAAGGAGAACUUGGGGACAGUGGGCUGGUUGUGGCCCUUCCCCACCAUCUUCCAUUGAAGAAGGAGUAGAGAGCAAAGGCCACACAAAAAAGAAGUCAGUCUUGGCCAAGAUGAUGGUUGCUCCACCUAAGACAUCGAAACUAGUCUUCCUCCUGGGAAAAUCCAAGGGAGACCAGCCCAUCAGUGAGGCCUUACAGGAAGAGAGCUUUAGGCAUGGAGACUUGGUCAUUGAGGACUUCAUCGACUCGUACACCAACCUUACCCUCAAGACAGUGUUCAUGCUGAAGUGGGUUCAUCGCAACUGUCCAACGGUAAAGUUUGUCAUGAAGGUAGAUGAUGACAUUUUUGUCAAUGUAGUUAACCUUCAGAAGACCCUCCUGAACCAAACUAUAACAAAGACACCCCUCUUGAUGGGGAGCCUCAUCUGCGGUGCAAAGCCCAUCCAUGACCAAUGGUCUAAAUGGUACACACCACAGUAUAUGUUUCCAGAGAAUAAAUAUCCCAACUACUUGUCUGGAACAGGCUAUGUGUACUCUGGGGACAUGGUGGGACGCUUGUUCAAGGCAGCCCUUGCUGCACCUUACUUCCACUUAGAGGAUGUCUUCCUCACAGGGCUGUGCGCACGAAGUAUUGGUGUUCGUCCUGUGGACAAUGUGGGCUUCAGUUACCAUCCUCGAGCUGUGAGCCCCUGUCUCUUCAAGGAGGUCAUAAUGGGUCAUGGUGUUGGCCCCUCAACAAUGGUCAAACUCUGGAACAUGCUGAAUGAACCAGCGACAGUUGCCAAAUGCCAUCCUAUCAAGAAAUCAAAGCUAAGAAGUUACAAUCCUAAGUGUUCAUGGAGAUAAAUGAGACUGUUUUAAUGCUGUGGUGCUGUUUGUUAUGGCAUUAAUAAUACUUUUCAAAAAGUACAGUGUGUGAGUUUGUGUUGUGACUAUAUUUUAUUUGUUCCAAUGAGUCGGCGUACAUUUGAACAUGUAUUAGUACUUAUGUAUAUAUGGUUGCAAGUGUGUGUGUGUGUGUAUGCAUGUUCUUUUUAGCAAGAUGAAUUGUAUUGGAUAUGAGAAGGAAGUUAGUUUUUUAUUCAUUUUUUCCAUCUUUUCUUAUUUGUCUAUGCUAUUAUAUUUUGGCUUGUUUUGAGACAGGAAAAAACUUUUUGUGAGCCGUAGAUUGCCAAUGUCACAACCUUCACUGUGAAGGGAGUGUCUACAAACUCAGUCCUUUUUACUGUGAUAUUAAUCAUCAGAAUUAAUGUUGUGUGAAAGGGGUGUGUAAGAAUAUCAGAUAUUUAUACAAUGGAAGGUCCUGCUGUUAAAACAGUGUUACAAGUCUUGCCAUCAAUCCCUCUCCUUGUAAUCAUACUCAUUUGUGCUGUCGAUUAAUCAGAUUACCUUUUAGGAGAUGUAGGUUUUAGUUUGGAUUUUAUGGUGAAUCUCACUAUCAUUAUUUUGGGGUAAAGUCUGUCAUUAAUGCAUUUUUUUCUUUCAAUUUAUGAGCUUAUAUUUAUCUCAUUAUGGUUCUUAUUUCUUUUCAUUAUAAUGUCCAAUCACACAAGCUUUACUUGUGCAAUUGACUGGAUGGGUGCCAUAAUUGCUCAGACAUGAAAUACAACAGGUAGAUGAUCAUUUUCCUUAGGCAAGAAUGACAGUCAGUACCAUCCAAAUUAUUUUUUUUUUUUUUGUGAAUACAUUUAAGGGAAAAUUAUUUAAUUUUCCCUGCAUGUUGAUGAUAAAUGCAUUGAUAACUGUAAAUGGGAUGACUGUAGGACUUCAUGAGAGUCUUUUUCUAAAUCAACCCAAAGCCACUGGAGAUACAUGCCGUGUGAGUUUAAUUUAUUAAUUGCUUGUACUCAUAGAUGGCUCCACAAGUCACCAAUGAGCCAAUUAUAAGUACUACCUAUCUCGCCUGUUUACCCCUUUCCUUGAUUUUCAAAAAUAUUUUCUUGUGUGUAAUAUUGCUGUUAGUAAUGUAAAUAACACUAUAAUAUUUAUAAUGUCUAUAAUAAAAACAGCAGCAUCAAUAUUGAUAGCUUUAGUAAAGAAUAACACUUUUUCUUGUAAACUCAAGGAAAGAUGAAAUCAGGUGAGGUCACAAGGUCUACUAAUUGACUCUUUUGUGGCUAAGCACUUGCAGAGCCAUCUGUGCAGAUACAUUUGUCAAAACAGCACUACAGUGAACACAACAGUUUUCCUGGAGGCUUUGGGUUAAGAACUUUACAAGUAAUGAUAAGUAGACUUGUUUCUAUAGAAUCUUAUAUGUCUCUCAUUAGGCAUAUAAAUUGCAACAUAUCAUUUAUUUAAUUAUUUAUUUUAUGUAGCUGCUGCAAAACUUGACAGAGUAAAGUUUUUUUUUGAGAUGGUGAUGCUAAUGACAAAAGCAUGUUGAAAUUGAGGACAACAGGAUGCCUACAAGUUUGCAUUGAUCGGACAUUGUUGCAGAGUGCAUUGUAUUAUUGAUAGUAAUUCCUUAGCUGUGGUGGAAAUCAUUUGUUGCUGAAGAUAGAAAUUUGAUAUUGAAACCUGGUUAGAGAGGGUGCAGUUUUUUUCUUUCUUUCUUCCAUUUCUUUAUAUUUAUAUAGGUAAAAGACGAAAAUUGCAAGCUUUGCAAUAAAAGAGAAAAGAAAAGAAAGAAGUUAAGAAAAAAAGUAUGUAAUUGUUAUUAUAAGGAAAAUAAGUGUCUGAAAAGGAAUUUUUGUUAUAAGGCUGUUGGAAUUAGAUUUUAAAUCAAGAUUUCUCAUUCUCUUUUUCAUGUUAUAUAGUAGGAGGGAUAUAUAGGCCUAUAUAAGCAUUUAUAUAUUUAUAUUUAAAGGUAAUGCAUUAACUAAGCAACAUAUAGGAGGAUUAGUAUUAACUGAUGUAAAUGCAACAUACAUCAUUUAAUGUUUUUUUUAUCCCUCAGUCAGUCAGUCAGUCAGUCAGUCAGUUGCACUACACAUUACUCCAUGUCUUAGCAUGCCAUUUGGCAUUUCCUUCAGAACUAUUUCUAAAUGGUAUUCUGGUGAUUUCAUGUUUUCAUUUUUUUUUGCACCAGCAGGGUAUCAGGUUAGUAAAUACUAGCAGUGUAUCAGGUUAGUAAAUACUAGCAGUUUGUGUCUCUUAUACAAUAUAGAUAUUUUGAAGAAUUAAAAGGUCACUUGGAAAAAAAUCUUGUGAGAAGAAAAGCUUUUGUCAGAGAAUGUUCCUUGUCUCUCAUUUAUAGACACCCUCAUUUAGGUUGAAAGCAUUACUAGUUGUUAAUGCUUUUAUUUUUUGAGGAUUUAUUAGACCAGAUUAUUUUAUUUGGGAGUGAUGUAGGGUAAACAAGAAUCAUGAUUUAUGCAUGAUUAUUGAUUUAUUUGGUAUUUAUGGAGUGACAUGAGUGUCUUCACCUUCAGAAAUGGAGUAAACGGGGAUACAUAACAGUCAGCCAUAAAUAGCAUUUUUAUUUGAACAAGUAUUUGUUUUGUUUCUUCUAUAUUCAGUGUGAAUUUAUAUAUGAUUAUCAUUUUACGAUUAUUUUAAAAUUUUUAUUACCACUAUUUUGUGAUGUCAAAGUAUUACAGAUACUGAAUAAUCAGUAGAAUUAAGGUUUGUUUUUGAUAUGGGAUUUGAAUGCCCUUUCUGCGUACAAACUGCCUUGUGUUUCUGAAUAGGUCUCUUUAUUAUGCAAAAACAAAAGAAAAAGUGAAAGAUUGUGCUUGAAGAAUGAUGUGUCACCUGCAGAUAUAAUUUAUAUAUGCUGUUUGGUUUGCAUGUAUAAUGAUAAUGAUGGUGUUUAUAUGCAUUGGCAUCUGUUUGCUGUGCCAUUUUUAUGAUGAAUAGCCAAAGUGUACCGUUACCUG